AUUCAUUUUUAUUAAAUAUAAGCUUAGAGAGGUUUUACGUGACAGUUUGGAAACGUUACUAUUACAUGUUUGUGAAGGGAAGAACGCUAAAGGACUCACUCACUUACUUUUAUUUAUUUAUUUAUUUAUUUUUUAAUAACGUGUGCUAGGAGUGGGCGUAUUUGGCCGUGACCUCAGAGCGGAUAAUGUGACAGCUCCGUUCGCCAGGAAUGUAAACGCACACCGCCGUCAACAUGGCCUCGGUGUCCACGCUCCGAGCGGCUCUGCUCGUGUCUUUCUCCGUGUUGCUCACGCUGUUGCUGGGCUUCGGACUCCCCGCGCUGCUGAACUCCGUGAUGAGGAUGUUCGGUUUACCGGAGAGCAGCGUCACCGAGUGCAUAGUCGUGCUCUAUUUGGCGUUUGUGCUGUCUGUCGCGACACCAAGAAUUCCCAGAGGAUUUGUGGAGGUGAACGGGAAAGCUGUGUUUAUUACAGGCUGCGACAGUGGGUUUGGACAUGCACUCGCCAAACAUUUGCACAGUCUGGGCUUCACCGUCUUCGCUGGGUGUCUUUUAAAGGACGAAGGUGGAGAAGGUGCAAAGGAGCUGGAAGAGUUUCAUUCAGAUCGAAUGAAGGUGGUGCAGCUGGACGUCCGCAGCGAGGAGCAGGUGAACCAGGCCGUCGAAUAUGUUCAAGAAAACCUCCAGGACUCUGAAAGAGGUCUGUGGGCCGUGGUGAACAACGCCGGCGUGUCGACCUUCGGGGAAGUGGAGUUCACCUCCCUGGACACCUACAAGCAGGUGUCAGAGGUCAACCUGUGGGGCACCAUCAGGGUCACCAAAGCUGUGCUGCCUUUAAUCCGCAGAGCCAAAGGUCGCGUCGUGAACAUGGUCAGCUUGUACGGGAGGAUGGGAAACGUGAUGCGCUCGGCUUACUGCGUGUCCGAAUACGGCUUGGAAGCUUUCUCCGACUGCCUGCGCUACGAGAUGAAGACCUGGGGAGUGAAGGUGUCCAUCAUCGAGCCGGGAAACUUCAUCAUGGCCACAGGCAUCAUGACGCGUGAAUUUGUGGCCAGUGAGACCAACAAGCUGUGGAACGAGGCGCCCGCGUCUGUGAAGGAGGAUUAUGGGAAAGCACACUUUGAGCAUCACAUGGCUCAGAUGCGUUCUUUCUGCAACAGCGGCGGUAAGGACGUGGGCCCCGUUGUGGAUGACAUCACCGACGCCAUUAUGUCCAAACGCCCUUACACGCGCUACAACCCCACAGAGCCACACUGGUGGAUCAGAGCGCAACUGAUGACCCACCUGCCCGCCGCCAUAUCUGACCUGCUCUACUUCUAAAAAACAAAAAGGAGGAGCUUUUCCUCACGUUAGAUUCUCCUUUUCCACACUGUCAUUUUAACAGGACGAAAUCUCUGCCAGAACCAGACUCAAAGACGUGCGGCCAUCUGCCUUGACCGGUUGCGGUGAAAGGAAAAAUGAGGGGGAGAAAGUGAAAGACAGAAAAAAAGAGACAAGAAGCAGAUAUAUGUAGAGUCAUAACAAGUUAUAGGUUUAGACACAACACUUCUGAAUCAGUUAUGACAUGUUAAAGUACUACAAUGUCAUUUAGACACACAGGCGAUCAUAAUACUACAUUAGCAAUACCACUACUGCUACUGUUAUUAUUAAUAAUAAUAAUAAUAAUGAAAAUGGACCUGGAUCCUGCAAGAUGAGGACAGAGAGAAGAGUCAGGAAUGAAAGAUACACACUAGGGAGAGCAAGAACACGGUUAAUGACACGGAACAAGGUCAUAUUCAUCCCCCGAAUGUUACAACACUAGAGUGACCAUAUGUUAUAAUUAUUUCUUAUCAUUAACACCUUCAGAAAAACACUGAAAACACACAUUUCUAGUGGUGAACGUGAGACCUAACUUUACACUCCAACAAUAGCACGACAGCCCUGGUUCUCCCGCGAUAUCAUGUCAACAAAUAUCUGCUGUGAAAGAGGGUCUAUGAUGUCAGGACAUGCCGUGCGAGUUAAACUCGUUGACGACUUUCCGUCACAUCGUUCCAAUCCAAAUGUCCACGAUCAGAGAAUCCGACGGACAUAAAAACAAGCAGACGUUUGCAGAGUUGUGUACGUGCGUCGCACUUCACAGAAACAUAAGACUCUGCAACAUCUUUCCUCAGCACUUGAAAUUCACUGAUAAAGCCUUAAAACUUUUGCAAAAAACAUAACUGCUGCACUUUUCUACAUCUUACAGACACUCAUUUUAUAGUAGUAUUCACUCCUUGUCUUUAAAAUUUGCUGCGACAUUAUACUUUUUAAAAACGUGUGUUUUUAUGUUGCCUCAUGGGAACAUGGGAAUCUUCUGGGGCCCCCCACACUGGCACGAGGACCAGAGCUCGACAGAAACUGCCCCCUCCCCCCCCGCUGUUCUGUUGUGACAGCCUCCGGAACAAACUGAGGUCAGUUACUGUAAGUCUGUGGUGAGAUUUGGCUCGACUCACCGUCAAUGUUGCGCAACAGCAACACAAUCACACUUUGUCCCACACGCUUCGCAUUACUCCCACAGUGGGUUUGAUUGAAGUGAUUAAUGAGCAUUUUUGUUGUUGUUUUGUAUGAGCAAUAAUGUGUAUGAAAAGUGUUUUA